AUGGCCGACUGGAAGCCCGCAUCGACUCCGUUUCUGUCAGGAGUCAAACUUGAGGCUUCUUGUUCUUCACCCUUGGCGGAUGCUACCUUGUAUCCUCAAUUAGUUGGAAGCCUAAUAUAUUUGACUCACACGAGGCCUGAUAUUUCAUAUGCAGGUACUCACAGUUAUGAGAUUCAUUAUACAACGGGCGUGGAUAUUGUCUUGGUGGGAUAUAUAGAUUCAGAUUGGGCAGGUGAUGCUCAGGAUUGCAAGUCCACUUCAGGGUAUUGCUUCUCUCUUGGUUCUGGUCUAGUUUCUUGGUCGAGCAAGAAACAAUCUGCUAUUGCUCUUUCAUCUAUUGAGGCUGAGUAUUGA